AUGUCCCGGGCAGGCGGCACCAGCUCCCGGGCGUCCAGGCUGCCCAGCGGGGCCAGCAAACCCCAGCGUGGUCUGGGAAGGGCACCAGGGGGAGCCUGCCUCUGCCUCCAAAGGCGGGUGAUCAGGGAGGACAAGAAAGGCCACAGGGGCCCCCAGGGGUCAGCGCAGCGCAGGCCUCUGACCCUGCCUCUCAGGCCCUGCCUCGUGCCCGGGACCCCCGGAGGAACAAGCCCGUCCCCGGCUUGGCUCGCGCCGGCCUGGGGGUGCGCACAGCCCUCCGCCCUGCAGAGCCUGUCCCCGCACCGGCGACCCGCCCUCGGCCCGCGCCCCCGGGAAGACCGGGAAGCCUGGUCUUGGCUGGUGCCGAGAACCGCGCCGACCCUGUCUUUCGAAGCGAAUCGAAUACAGAAAAUCCGUGACGGGCGUGUGGGAAGCCUGAAAGAUGACACCGUGGGAGGAGGCCCCCGGGGCGUGGAGCGGGCGCCCCGGAGAAGGGGCCGCUCGGGAGGCCACGCGGGCCCCUGCGCGGCGACGCCCCUCCCGGCGGGGACAGCCCGGGAAACGGAGUUCUCAGCCCGGCAGCGCAGAGCGAACCAGAACAGGGUAAACUGUGCGAGGCACUGGAUCUCAAAUCCACGUAUGGUGGCAUCUGUAUUGCCUGCCAUUCCUGUGCUGCCCGACCCCCAGCUGGAGAUUCCACUCAGCAAAUUGCAAGACUGCCUGGACUUCAUCAUGUCCAAACCAACCUCCCAGAAGAGUGGAAAGAAUACGGACUUCUGAAUCAGACAUAUGUGACCUGGGAUUCUGCCACUGCCACUUACAAGCUUCGGGACACCUUUGAAGAUGAUAUGGCUUCCUACCCCUGCAUAAGCUCACCCUUCUGGUUUUACCUGAUUGCUCCAUGGCCAGACAUCUGACCAAGCUGGAGACCUGACUCAGCUGAGUGAUAGAGAGGUUCUAGGUAAAAGCAUUAGAGCCAGGGAGAAAGGAGAGAAAAGAGAGACAAAAGCAAAGAUGAGAGGUAAUCAGCUCCUGAGAUCCAGUUGUUCAAGAUAUACCGCCCACUUCUUCUCCUUUGAUAUUUCUAUGAUUGCCUGUUAUAUUUAUACUAUAAAACUCUUAUUAACUCCAGCCUAAGUAUGGUUCUGUUCUUGAAGCCAACAUCUCUGACUUAGAAAUGA